AGGGAAUCGAAUAUCCGGCAUCAAGUAAUUUUUACGCAUCGGUGAUAAUUACUCUAAAAACUUCUGUUAUAGAAAUAGAAAAAGAACAAAGGCAUCGAACUAUCACGGAAGUGUUUGCAAACAUUGCUGCUCUUUACGGGAUAACUUUUAGUACCUAUGCACUCUUAUUUGGAGUAAGAGUAAGCCAACCGCUUCUAAAAAAAUGUCUAGCUGCCGAUAGUCCUUCCGAAGAUUCAAAAGAAACAAAAGAAACAACCGAACAAACCGAACAAAUCGAACAAAUCGAACC